GGGGUUAGUCCAGGGAGGCGUUUAAUCACCCCGUUCGGGACAGACGUCUUGGGCGGAAGGACCGGUCCCUGCACUUUACUGGUGCUGAGUGAUUUUUCUCUCCACCAACCUCCCCCGCACCCCCCUCACCCCACCCAACCCUCACACUCUCCCACAUCCCCCCACCGACAGGGAGCUACGCGGGACAGGACUGCACGCCGACCCAGGAGACGGUGUGCCGCCCGUGCGGGGAGGGAGAAUACAUGGACUCGCCCAGCGGGCAGAUCGCCUGUCUGCGUUGCAGGGCCUGCGACCCCGACCACGGCGAGGUGGAGCAGAGCCCUUGCACUCCGUCCACACCCACGACCUGCAGCUGCGCCCCCGGCUUCGUCUGCAGCAACCUGUCGCCGGAGGUGGGCUGCCUCUCGUGCACAAGAGACCCCUGCCCCGCGGGACAAGGAGUUUCCAAGGCCGGUAACGAUUCGUGGGGCAGCUGGUGUGAGCCAUGUGCCCAGGGAACAUUCUCCAGCUCCCCGUCACAAGAACCCUGUACUCCCUGGACAAAGUGUGGAGACCGGGGCCUGCAGACCCUGCGGGCGGGAAGCCCGGUGUCGGACGCGGUGUGCGGACGCGAGGAGAUCUCAACCCUGCAGACCCUCGCCGUGGCUCUGUCGGGGGCCGUGGUGGGCUCUCUCCUCCUGGCGACAGUCUACGUGGUGAGGCGCAGGGGCUUCUUGUUACUUCGAGCAGAGAAACUCGAUCCGUCCUAGAAUUUCUCAACUGGUGGGGCUGAGAUUUUGGCAAAACCCGGCAGGCCCUUGUCACUAGUGUCGGUUUUAGUGUGUUGUGGUAAUAUUUAUUGAAAUGUUCUUCCUUGUCUCCCUCUCCCGUACCCGGGGAGCUCCCUCCCUCUCUCGUACCCGGGGAGCUCCCUCCCUCCCUGUCUCUCUCCCUCCCGUACCCGGGGAGCUCCCUCCCUCCCUCUCUCUCCCGUACCCGGGGAGCUCCCUCCCUCUCCCGUACCCAGGGAGCUCCCUCCCUCCCUCCCUCUCCCGUACCUGGGGAGCGCCACCUCGCGUCAGUGCUGACUCAGGCCGUGCGUCACUGUUACGCUGCCUCCCUACUGUUGCACAAAUAUAUUAUUUUUUUAUACAGAAUGUUGUUGAAAUUUAAAUAAAUAUGAACCAUGGUGAAA